CGCACUAUAUUUUUACUACUCCAUUGCUACUUGUAUAUAAAUGAAAAGCUAAGUGUAUCGCUAAUAAAAUAAAACACAAACUUUAAUCGCAUAAUUGUGUAGUUGAUAAUCAUCAUGGUUAAAGAAACAAAGCUAUAUGAUAUUUUACAGGUUCAGCCUGAUGCUGCUCCUGAUCAAAUAAAAAAAGCCUACCGUAAACUUGCUCUAAAGUAUCAUCCUGAUAAAAAUCCUGAUGAACCUGAAAAGUUCAAAGAAAUUUCUGCUGCAUUCGAAAUACUAAGCGAUCCCAAAAAAAGGGAGAUUUAUGACAAAUAUGGUGAAAAAGGAGUCAAAGAAGGUGGUGGUGACAUGCAUUCACCCUUUGAUGUGUUUGAUAUGUUCUUCGGGGGUGGUGGAAGACGCCGACAUCCAGGAGAAAAAUCAAGAGGUCGAGACACUGUACACCAACUUAAAGUUUCGCUUGAAGAAUUGUAUAAUGGUGCUGUUCGUCAGCUUGCUGUUCAAAAAAAUGUCAUUUGCUCUGAUUGUAAUGGUAUUGGCGGGAAAGCUGGGUCUGUACAGAAAUGUAAUAACUGCAAUGGAACUGGAGUCGACGUGAAGUUACGUCAAAUUGGACCAGGUAUGGUGCAGCAAAUUCAACAACCUUGUCGUGAAUGCAACCAAACAGGUGAAAAAAUAUCUGAUAAGGACAGGUGUAAAAAAUGUAACGGAAAUAAAGUUAUUAAAGAACGUAAAGUUCUAAAAGCUAAUAUAGACAAAGGAAUGAAAGACGGUCAAAAAAUUGUUUUUGAUGGGGAGGGUGACCAAGCUCCAGAUACAGAGCCAGGAAAUAUUAUUUUAGUUCUUGAUGAAAAAGAGCAUGAGAUCUUUCAGCGUAAAGGUCGUGACUUGCAUAUAAAUAUGGAUAUCGGACUUGCAGAAGCAUUAUGCGGAUUUACUAAAGUUGUAACAACACUCGAUAAAAGAAACCUUGUUGUGACCUCUCUUCCUGGUGAAAUUAUUCGUCCCAAUGAGUUAAAAUGUGUUAUGGAUGAAGGUAUGCCAACACAUAAAAAUCCAUUUGAAAAAGGCCGCCUGGUUAUACAUUUCAAUAUCAAAUUUCCAGAAGAUAAUUGGCUGGACACAAAAAAAUUACAUUUACUCGAAAAACUAUUGCCACCUCGAGAAAAGUAUGUAGCUGCUGAUCUUUCGGAAGAAGUUUUCUUGUCGAGAGUUGAGGAUUUGCCUCAUUAUCAACAAGAACGAAUGGAUUAUGAUGAAGGUAAUGAAGAGCAACAUGGUCGACAAGGUGUUCAGUGUCAAACUUCAUAAUUUUUUUCUAUGAAUAAUGUAAUUUUGUAUUAUUCAAGAAUAUGGUCGGUCGUUCUAAUA